AUGCAUGCCCAGCUCUCGCGCGGCAAGGACUCCAGCAAGUCCUCCAAGAAGAAUAAAGAUUCCAAGGAUGGAGCCCAAUCCCCGGUCUCCAUGGGACCAUCCAGGGAAUCCAACCAAUCCCCCGUCCUAACUCCGUCUUCGUCCACUUCCACCCUUAACGAUAUCCGCAACAAGCCUCUCCCGCCGAACAAUGCUCUCCUCGGAGGCGACCACAGCAACGCCGGCAUCCCGGGCCAGCCAAGCCAACCGGGCCAGCUCAAUAAUAUGAACGCAGGCCAGAACCCUGGCGUCCCCGAUCGAUUCAGCAGCGUGUCUGCGUCCCAGCAAGCCACCAACGGUGCGAGCACGCCAGCGCGACAUGGCACCCUGCCUCCGACCGUCAUAAUCAGCCCAAGCGCACCGCAAGUGCCUCCGCCUGGCGCAGCCGAGACGAUGCCGCACGACCUGGCUCCCCCGAAAGCAGGUCAGAAGUCGCUCAUCUUCGAUCGGCUCCAUCAGACCCCGAAAGACGUACCCGAGGGCAUCAGAACCCCGAGGAAACAGAACUCAUCGCGGUUUGACAUCUCGGCGCAUCGUGAGCUCGAGAAGCUGCCCGGUUUCCAUGAAGUCUCCCCAAACCGACGGGUAAACCUGUUCAUGGAGAAGAUCGACCAGUGCAACGUCAUAUUCGACUUCAACGAUGCCAGCACCGACAUGAAGUCGAAGGAGAUCAAGCGUCUUGCUCUUCAUGAGCUGCUUGAUUAUGUUGCGAACAACCGCCAAGUCAUAACCGAGCCCAUGUACCCGCGCGUGGUGGAGAUGUUUGCCAAAAACCUGUUCCGCCCGAUUCCUCCCCCCAUGAAUCCACAGGGCGAGGCAUUCGAUCCGGAGGAGGACGAGCCGGUCUUGGAAGUUGCGUGGCCACACAUCCAGGUGGUCUACGAGUUCUUCCUGCGUUUCAUCGAGAGCCAGGAUUUCAACACCAACAUCGCGAAGGCAUACAUCGACCAUAGUUUCGUCCUCCAGCUUCUGGAGCUGUUCGACUCGGAGGACCCCAGAGAACGGGACUUCCUCAAGACCACACUGCACCGCAUCUACGGGAAAUUCCUCAACCUGCGAUCAUUCAUCCGCCGCUCCAUCAACAAUGUCUUUUUCCAGUUCACCUACGAGACGGAAAGAUUCAACGGCAUUGCUGAGCUGCUCGAGAUACUGGGGUCCAUUAUCAAUGGCUUCGCUCUGCCUCUCAAGGAGGAGCACAAACUCUUCCUCACUAGAGUCCUCCUUCCUCUUCACAAGGUCAAGAGUCUCAGCAUGUAUCAUCCGCAGUUGGCCUACUGCAUCGUCCAGUUCUUGGAAAAGGAUGCGUCGUUAACCGAAGAGGUGGUUCUUGGCCUCCUCCGAUAUUGGCCAAAGGUCAACAGCACCAAAGAGGUUAUGUUCCUCAACGAAGUCGAAGACAUCUUCGAGGUCAUGGACCCAGCCGAGUUUGCCAAGGUCCAGGAGCCCCUCUUCCACCAGCUUGCCAAGUCUGUGGCAAGCCCUCACUUCCAGGUGGCCGAGAGAGCGUUGUACUUCUGGAACAACGAGUAUUUCUGCAACCUGGUCAGCGACAACGUCGAGAUCAUUCUUCCGAUCAUGUUCGCGCCUCUUUACGAGAACUCGAAGAGCCAUUGGAACAGAACGAUCCACGGCAUGGUCUACAAUGCUAUGAAGCUGUUCAUGGAGAUCAACCCCCAGUUAUUUGAUGACUGCUCGCAUGACUACACCGAACAGCAGAACAGCGCCGCAUCGAGAGAGGCCGCCCGCCAGAGAAAGUGGGCUGCCAUUGCAGAGCAAGCUGACCGGAGAAUGGGUGCGAACGGGACUGUCAACCCUGCGCCUAGCGCUACUCACCGGCCCCAUCCGAACACGAUGCCUCGGGUUGACGAAGUGGACGGCACCGAAGAUAACCAGAAGAGGCUCGACUCAUUGAAGUUACAGGAUGGCGACCGCCGAGAGCGUCGACCCACCAUACAUGAGAGACAAAAUUCGGUAGGCUCCUCCAGAAGCCAGCGAUGA